AUGGCUUCUUCUGGAGUCCUCGUGGGGAGGCAACCCACAGUACCAUCCCGUCUCAGACAUGAAUAUCAGCCCGAAGCAUCCGUUGAGGAUAUCAUCAUCCCCGAAACUCAAGAGUCAGCUGCAGUGAUCGAUACUGCAGAAGAUCAUGAUCAGAUGGGUAGCAGCAUGGUACCAGAGAGCCCUACAACAGCCGCCUUUCUCGAUAAGAACUCGGCUAGAAGUGGAACUUCAGCCCUCAACGUGGUCGAACCCAUCCCUUGGAUUCAGAAACCAGAGGUCGCAAAGGCUAGUCGUCCGAACACUUUUGCGUUUAAACCACUGCCACGAUCAUCUGCAGCGAAGGAAUCUUUCAAAGAUAUUGAGCCAGUGCCACCGAAAAGACCGAUGCACGCGGACAAGCUUGCGGGACCACUUUCUGUGGUUCAAUCAGUUUCUGAUGCCAACUCCUUCACAGAACCAAAGUCGUCAAAGCCUCACUCCAUAACAGAGUCGUCGGAGAAUCUUAAGCCUUGUCCUGAUAUCAAAGUUGAAUUGGGGCCUGUGACGGAGCCGUGUAUCGAAAUUACGGGCAUACUCGACGAUGUCCACCGCACAGAAGCCCGUGGAGCUGAGCCGACUUUGGAGGCUAUACAAGUUGUGAUAGAUACAACUACUCAAUCUCCAGAAACAACAAAAGAGGUUUCCCCGAGUCACCCGAAAAAGGAUCGUCAAUCCUAUCGAGAAUUGCUUUCAUCUGCAGAUACCAACUGUACACCGCUCGAGCCCACUGUGCCAGGCGAUAAGAGACUAGAGCACAAAAGAAGCCGCAAGGAGCGUUCGAAGCAGCGUCGAAGGCCCGCGAAGGGAAUACCCUUUAGACGUAGCGGCACUACUGUCGAGAAUACUACCCAUAAAGGCGAUACCACCGUGCAGAAACCGGGCACUGCCUUGUUGUCCGUGGAAUGUGAGAACAUGGUCAAUGACAAGGCCGAGGGUCUUAGUCGCAGCAAUAUCACCGCCGAUCCUCGUCCAGAUGAUGCACAGUCUACAUCACACUUGAGUGAAGAAGAUAAUCAUGAUGUGCCCCGCGGCAGCCGUGGAUCUCCAGAUACCCCGCACCAUCAAAACGGCGAUACCGUAGAAUUGCGGGCUGUACAGGCUGGAUCAGACGAACCGCCUAGCCAGUCUAUGAACACCAGCGUAGAGCUUGAUUCCAAUUCAGACCCCCAAAAGGCCACUACUUCUGAUGAGCGAUCAAAAUUGGACGUGCAUGAUCAAUUUCUGCAUCGGGUAUCUUCACAAGCUUCGCCAGGUCGGAUAGGUAAACCAAAACGCAAUCCUAUCUCUCGUUCUCAAAUCGCCUCAUCGCAUCCCAAGAAAAAGCACCCCUUUGCAUCUCUGGAUGGUCCCCAACAAUCUUUCCUUGCCUACCUAAGCAUACAUGAAUCAACACAACAAAAAGUCAUUGAUCAUCAGGCCAAAGAGAUUGAUGCACUUCGGGUUACUGUUGAAGCUCAGGCGAAAAGCAUUGAUCACCAGGCCAUGGAGAAUAAUGCGACUCGAGUAACUAUCAAAGCUCAGGAAAAAAGCAUUGAUCACCAGGCCAAAGAGAUUGACGCGCUUCAACUUACCAUAAAAACCCAGGAGAAAAGCAUUGCGGCGUUACAAGAGGCCAAAAAUACUGCAGAUGCACAAAAGGAACGACGGCAGAGGGUGUUGACAAAACUGCGGAACUUGACAGAAGGCAUGGCAUCAGAUUUUCGCCAACUGGGUAUCGAUAAUCGUCAGAUCGUGGAGCAAUUUCUGACGGUAGCAAACGAACAUACCGAGAGCAUUCUCGUCAGAAGCCACCAGCUGCACGAGCUGAAAGAUGAUUAUAUCAAGUUCAUUCUUCCGUACCAAACAAGAAUGCGAUUUGGGUUGAAGGAAUGUCGCAACACGCUCUUCAGGCUCAUCUCCAACCUCAAUCAUGGUAAAACACAAUUGGUAGCUGGGAAGGAGAAAUAUGCACAGCUCGAGGAGCGUGUUCGCACCCAGCUUCAUACGAUCCAGGCUGGCGUCGGAAAAGAAGGUCGAAGAUUGUCCGAGAAGCUUGACAAAUUGCAAUCUUCAGUAGAAACAGCCUCCUGUGCUGAUACUGCGAAAUCGUUGCUCGAGGCACUUGACGCUUUCCGAACAAGACCUUUGCUUAGUCUGAGAGACUUGCAGUCGGCCGAGGGAAUGUUGGAGAAAGUCCAUCAAAGCAUUCAUACGAAACUCGACUCCCUACAUGUUUCGGGUGGCGACCAUGUCUCUGCUGUUGAAAAUACCCGCGGCCUUGUGAAGGACAGCUUCGAGGACCUGAAGAACGACUUGUUAGAUUUCAAUAAGAUCAAAACCGAAUCUCAGAUGCUUCAACAAGCAAAUGAGCAGCUCAACCACCAGCUGGCGACGCAGAAAGGCCAAUGCGACAAAUUUGGGGAGGAAAUUAUCCAGUUGGAGAAAACCAAGUCUGAACAUGAAGGGCACAUUCAGAAACUGGAGGCGACUAUAGCAUCACUGAAUGAACAAUCAGGUCGAGAGAACGCAGCAUCGUCAGAGACUAAGCUUGAACUGGAGAGGCUUUACGAAAAGCUUGGGGAGACUGAGCAGGCUAAGGAGCAAACCGAAGCCAAUAUCAAGGCUCAACUUGAAAAGCUUAACAAAAGCCACAGCAGAAUCUUGGAAGACCGUGAGGCUGAAUGGGCCAACAAGGUUCAUCGGGCCAACCAAGAAAGAGACGAGAAGGACAGGAUUUGUCAAAAGACACAGGAUUCGUUGCAACGCAUGCGACAGGAAAAGCAUAGUCUUAACACGAAUCUUAAGAGUGCUCGCGAUGACAAAGAAAGCAUGGCAUUAAAGUUGAGCAAAGUGGAGAACGACCUAGACGAUAUGUCUCGCCUUGCUGAGGAGUAUUCCUCACGCAUAAAACAAAUCCAGUCUGCUGGACUUGAAGAGAAAUUUGAAGUCGAAAGGCGCGGCUUUCUGGAUCGCAUCACGACACUCGAAGAGAAGAAGAGCCAAUUGGAGGAGGUGAACCGAACAAAGCUGACGGAGCUGCUGGCCAAAUAUAAUACCAGCUUUCUCGGCAUUACCAGUCCACAACUACGGUCGAGGUUGACAAGUCUAUCCUUAUCCGAAGGUCUUGAUAUGCUGGAACGGCUGCUAGAAGCAAUGCAGAGUGCAUCAAACCCUGUCACUCCAAAUGCCCGCUCCGGUAUUCCAAGUCAAACUGACAGUCCUGUUCGAAACCGGUCUGCAAGCUGUGUUCCAGAGACACAGUUGUUUGAUACGCCCCCUGUAUCAGGAGCACAGAACGCCGAUGAGAAGUCACAAACCCAAGAGCCCUCUUCAUCCUGUUCACAGCUAUCAAGUUGUAGCUCGGACCAACUCCAAGAGAUAUUCUCCCAAAGUCAAGGAAUCAUCCAUUCGCCACGGUCUGGGAACAACCACUCCACAAUGGCUCGUAGCUAUCAGCAGGGAAUUAGUCUUCAUACCGAGCGAAGCGAUGGACAAUUGGCAAUGCGUGCCAAUACCGCAUCCCGGAUGGUUCCUCGCCACCCGAAAGCGUCUUUGCAAGAGGACACAACAACAAAGCAUCGUGGGAGCAUCAUGAAGUCUUCUUCCCCUAUCAAUGAUCCCAUACCUGCCCAUGGGCAUGGUUUAGAAUUGAAGCGUAAGAAUCCGUCAGAUGCGGAGGCUCAGCCUCGUUCAAAAAGGAACCCUCCCUUGAAAUCAGUGCUGCCCAGAACCAUUGGUGAGGCCUCUCAGAAGCGCCAACGCAAUACUCCAAAGACAAAAGGUUCAAACAACAGUGUCAGCACACCGGCUCGCCGCCCAAAGAAUCCCUCCUCACACUACGAGAUGCGAUUUAACGAAGAACUAUAGCAAGUGGUCUCCUAAGUCAUGUCCCUCGGAGAUCUUACAAUUGUCAACGCCUGUUUCUGUGGGUCGCAAGUUCGUAUCGUGCAAUAUCCUGCCGAUAGCUGUCAUCACAUACCUCUAAUAUCCCGUACCACAGUAACGAGAAGCCAUGACGAACAUCACGGAUAUAGAACCAUCUCUGCAAGAGGAGCUUUCAAAUACCAGUUCAGCUCAAGGUGAGCUCAAGGUGUGCACGUCAUGUCAGUAGCAUGUGCAAGAACUCUGGAACUCUGGGUGACUCCUCCCAUAUAUGCCGCCAAUGAUCAGCUCGGGCACAUCUGUAGCGAAGUCAUUAGAAUUUCGAUUCUCCAGAACAUCAUACACAUUACCUACUCCACCUCUAUGUUAUAGAUCAGCUUCCACAUGUCUUAGCGGGUAG